AUGACACCAAGUACGAGAGCUAGAGGCCGUGAAGGCCCGCGCAAGUAUGCAUACAAUAUCGACGCGGCCCGUGAGCGGGAGAUGCACUUGUACCUUCCUUAUUGGGGAUUUUCGCAAUCAGAAAAGUUCGCACAGCAACCAGUUGGUCAACGACCAACUGCCUCGCGCGACAAUGUGUUGACGGUAUUUGCGCAACUCGCAAGUCUCAGGCUAGAUACGAAAUGCGCUCUCAUAUCUCUUUUCGAUCGCACAACACAACACGUUGUGGCGGAAUCAACGCAACACCUUGGCCUGCGCAGCGCGGCGAGUGGAGAGGGAUCUGACUCGCUAUGGCGCGGUGUGCAGCAGCUGCCCCGAGAAAACAUACCAAUGUGCAACCAGGCAAUGAAAACUUUCAUUAGUGAAGGAAGGUCCGAGUUCAUAGUCUCGGACUUGUCCAAGGACCCGCGAUUUCAGUCUGCUUCUUGCGUCGCUGGUGCCCCAUUCCAUCGGUUCUAUAUAUCCGUCCCGAUCCGAUCGCCAGAGAACUAUAUUAUUGGUAGCGUCGCAGUGCUUGAUGAUAAACCUCGGGAAGGACUCAGCAAGACAGAUAUGCAGUUGCUGAUAGAGCUAAGCACGACGGUCAUGGAGUAUCUGCUUUCUCAGCGAGCCAUGCGGGAAGAAAACCGCGAAGAGAAGAUGGUCCGAGCCUUGGGAUUAUUUGUGCGCGGCAAAUCAGACCUCAGCGAAGGAAUGGACAAUCAAGAUAUAACCGAGGAGGAGGAAAGCCGUGGUGGACUUGAGCAUGUCAGCAAGAAGCUUGAAGACUUUCAAGUUUCAAAUGAAAAAAAGGCGACGAGCGACCACCCUAACGAUCGGGGUCGAGUUUCUGAACCUUCGGUUGACACCACAGCAGUCAAAAGCAUUGAGCAGAGUAAAAGUCGAUCACCUGUUCGCAAGUUCAAGGCAAAUGAGAGCCAGCGUGAAGAGUCAGGAACUGAUAAAGAGGAAAAUGAACAACGACCUUCUCUCACGCCCACGACUGAGAGAUUACAAAAAUCGUUCGCCCCAUCAAAUGUUCAAUCUGUCCUCAAUAGGGCUUCAUGUCUUAUGAAUCAGGCACUGGAAAUAGAGGGCGCCAUGUUCAUUGAUGCGAGUGUAUAUACUCGACGCCAGAUGAUUGGAGUUGACAAUGGCACGAGCGAUGAUGCACAAAAAAAUAAGGGCGAGCCGAAUGAAGACCCUGAAGCGUUAAGUAUUGAUGAAGAUAUUCAUGGUCCUAAAAGCUUGGUCCUGGGCUACUCAACAUCAUCCGCUGCUGCUAGGAGCGAUAGCAACCAAGAAAGUCAUUACGUCCCUUUACCCGGUGCCUUUGUGAACCGUCUGAUCGAUCAAUAUCCGCGAGGCAAAAUCUUCCACAUCGAAAAAGACGGCAGCAUUGCAUUGAGUUACGAAGGACUAGCAACCGAAGUUAGCCAAACGUACCUCGGCAAAGAAAAUGAAGUCAAGCCAGGUUCUCCCAAGGAAGAAGAGUAUCGGCAAGAGACGAUGGAGAUCAAGUAUUUCCACAAAAUCCUACCUGAGGCUCGCUGUCUUGCUAUCUACCCCGUCUGGGAUUUUCAUCGCGGUCGAUGGUUCACGGUGAACCUGACUUGGACGAAUGAUCCUGGUCGUGUGUUAUCGGAGCCAAAGGAUCUUACGUACAUGGCAGCAUUCAGUAAUACCGUGAUGGCUGAGGUGUCUCGAAUGGAUAUUGAGGCGGCUGAUCGGGCGAAAGGAGAUUUCAUCUCUUCGAUCUCUCAUGAGUUGCGAUCUCCUCUACAUGGUGCCCUUGGAACUAUAGAGCUUCUCCAGGAGACAGCCAGGAGCUACACCCAACAGGGCCUGAUUGAUACUGUCCAUAGUUGUGGACGUACCCUGUUGGACACCUUGAAUCAUCUUCUGGAUUAUGCAAGGAUCAACACUCUCACGGCAUCUCGAGCCUCAGCAGACAAUUCCACUGAGCCGAAUGGGAAGGGAACAUCCGGUUUUCAUCCGAAGCUUGCUGUGCCAGGUCUUGAGCAAGACGAGGACCUUGGUUCAUUGGUACAAGAAGUUGUGGAGGGUCUGCUAGCUGGUGCGACUUUCAACAGUCGAGAGAACGGUACAUCCAGAGACACCACAAAGAACAAUGAUAGACGAUCUUCAGCGACCGAUGACAACAGAAAUCAGAUGAUGACGAUCAUAGACAUUGAAUGGCAAGAUAACUGGCACUACUCUGUAUAUGCAGGUGCGUGGCGCCGAGUGGUGAUGAAUCUUUUCGGGAAUGCCCUCAAAUACACGCGGACGGGCUAUAUCCGGCUUUUCAUGAGGAAGGAUAUUAUGACUGUCAAGGGAAAUGAGAAUGUACCAGCCGUGCAUAUCACGAUCAGCGACUCGGGACGCGGCAUGUCUCAAGACUUCCUACUUCACAACCUCUACAUCCCCUUCCUUCAAGAAGAUACACAAUCACCUGGUCUCGGUGUGGGACUUCAUCUGGUGCACCAGAUUGUUAAGUCUCUGGAUGGCCAAAUUCAAUUUGACAGUGAGGUUGACCGAGGUACAAGUGUGGAUGUCUAUAUUCCCAUGACAGGAUCGCAGCCUCCAAUUAAUCAACCAACCCCGGACCACAAAUUGAGACAGGAGUUAAAGGGCAAGAGUGUCUCAUUUUUCACCAAGAGCUUCCAACGGGGAGACCUUGGUAUUCGGGAAGACGUUUUUGAUAACAUUCGUUUUAGUCUGGGUCGAAUGGUCAGCGACUGGUUCGGACUUGAAGUGAUGAGUUCCGAUGAGCUCGGUCAACGAACGGCUGACUUCUUGAUUGUGACGGAGCACGAAUACCGGACUAUGGCACAUGCUUCCGCUGAAUCCGACGUGCGAAGCUCCAUUGAGUCAAAUAGCGCAUAUCCACUUAUUGUUCUGAGUUCUCAGGCCAGUAAUUGGAAGCUCGUAAAAGAGAACAAUCGCGAUCGUGCGAUCUUUUUGUCACAGCCUGUGAGUCCCAAGACGCUAGCAAUAGUGUUCGAGCAUUGUUUGCAUCCUCAGAGGAUCGAGGAAGACCUCAAUGUUGCCCCAUCCAUAGAAAAAGCACGAUCAAUGUCUGAAAGCUCGGACAAGAAUAACGGUGUUGUACAACAAGCGACCGAGGAAUCUGAGAAGAGAGUUCUUCUCGUCGAAGAUAACCCGGUUAAUUUGAAGAAGUAUGGUCAGAUCAUCGAGACGUGCGUGAAGAAUGCCGGGUUCGCCUACAAAACAGCAACGAAUGGGCUCGAAGCCUUAGAAAAAUUCAAGAAGGAGAGAUUCGACGUUAUUGUCAUGGAUAUUUCCAUGCCACAUAUGGACGGCUUAACUGCCACACGAGAGAUGAGACACUUUGAAAAAUCCCAUAAACUGAACCCAGCAUAUCUCAUUAUUCUCACAGCUGUUCUGUCCUCAGAAAAGCAAGGAGAAGCACAGAUCAGCGGCGUUGAUGAAUUCUUAACGAAACCUACACCACUGAAGCACUUGAGUCAGUUGCUGCACAGCCUACCGCACCUGGGCAACCGAGAUAGCAAAACCCUCGACCCAAUCACCCUCUUCCACUCCCCCAGCCUGGCAAGCAGUACUCGCACCCUAAACAUCCUCAAACAAGCCUCCAUCAACGCUAGCGAAACCGCCACAGAAGACCAGGCUAGCGACCACUCCUCGCACGCGAAGCAGCAGCGCGGCGAGUUUGAGCUAGAGGUUACCACCAACGCGCCUACGUCGGAUCAGCUGCGCAGUAUCCUGGAUUACAUCUCUCCUGUUUCGGGACUUGGUGGACAGGGCGAUAAGGCGACUUAUGGAGUUGCGGAGCUCGUGAAGGGAGCUCGGGAUGCGGAGGAUGCUAUUAAGAGGUUUAAGGAGGACCAGGGUUCCUUUGUUAGACCUGUGACUGUUGAUUGGGUGAAUGGUCGCGCUGUUAUUGGAGACCAUGAGUCUGAGAUUUUGAAGAUGGUGCGCAAGUUGCCUAGUAACUAA